AUGCUUUCAGAACUUAGGAACCAUAUAGAGUCAAUAGAUAAGCGUUAUGAAUGGGAUGAUUGGUCCUUCGGAUUUGGUUACGUUUCUGCAACAAAUGAGUACAAAGUUGUAGGGAUAUAUGUGUCAGAUUCCGGUUAUCUAGAAGUAUGCAUAUACACUGUAGGCACUAAAAGAUGGAGAGACCUUGGAAGAAAGUUUAAUCUUGAAUUCAGGCCUAGAUAUAAUGAUGAACCAGGUAGCUUUGCUAAUGGAGCUAUUUACUGGAUUGGAAAUGAGGUGCAAAAGAUUGUGACCUUCGAUUUGAUUCAGGAAAAGUUCUGUGAACAUCUUGCACCACCUCCUUUGCCACCAAACAGGAAUUUGAUUAAUCAGACAAUAGGGCUUUUGGAUGGCGUAUUGUAUAUUGCAUUUUAUGCUGAAGAUGGAUGCUAUGACAUAUGGUUGUUAAAGAAGAAGAAUGAUAAUCAUGACACGAAAGGAGACAAACAUCAGUCAUUUGAAUGGAGUAAAGAGUUAAGGGUAGCCGAUAACGGAUUAUUAGUCGUUACGAAGACCGGUGAUGUUUUAACAAAAGCUCCAACCUCAGAAAGGGUUUGGGAUAGCAAGGAAGAAGUGGUUCUUCAAGUAUUCCCCCGCAAGAACACCUUCUUAUCGCUGAAAGAUUCAGGGGAAGAACAGACGAAAAAGUUGAAGUCAGUUAAAGGAGGCAGAAAGCCGUGA